AUGUUCUUCAUCUUUUAUUAUUAUCAUAAUGUUCUUCAUCUAUUCUUUCUUCAUCUCACAACAUUUUUUCUUCAUCUUUAUUAUGCUAUGCUCUGGCCUUCUUCUAGCCUUUCUUUCAGUUGGACUUAUUUCUUCAUCUUUCUCCUCUCCCAACAUUUCUCUCUUUCUUCUUCUCUGGCUUUCUUCCAGGUGUUUAUCAAUCUUCCUUUUUACAGUUGGUUAAUAUUUCUUCUUCUUCUUUAUUUUAUCCUCCUCUUUCAGAUUUUCUGCGCUCUCGGCCUUCUUCAAGUCUUUGUCUCCUCUGUUUUUACUCUUGGACUAAUGUUUCUUCAUCUUUCCUUAAUAUCCUCUCAACAUUUUCAUCUUUCUCCGCCCUGGCCUUUUACUUCUCUUGUUUGUCAAUCUUUUAUCCUCUCUCCAUUUCGAUUCUACUCUCUCUUGUUCUUCAUCUUUCUCCCUCUCUCUCACAACAUUUUAUUUCUCACAGCAUUUCUUUCUCUUCUUCUGGUGUUUGUCUCUCUGUUAUUUACAGUUGGACUAAUAUUUCUUCAUCUUUAUUAUUAUCCUCACUUUCUGUUUCAGCUGUUCUAUAUCUUGCCUUCUUCACAUCUUUUUGUCAAUCUGUUCCUUACUCUUGGACUAAUAUUUCUCCUCUCUCUUAUUACCUCUCUCUUGCUUCUUCACAUCUUUUCUCUUCUCUCAGAUUUACUCUCUUACUUCUUCAUCUGUUAUUUUCUCUUGGAUUUCUCUCUCUUAUUUCUUCCAUCUUUCUUAUUAUCCUCUCUCUUACAUUUCACAUUUUUCUCCUUCUCUGAUUUUACUCUCUCUUCAGGUGUUUAUCAAUCUCUUCUCUUGAUUGGACUAAUAUUUCUUCUUCUUUUUUCUCCUCCCAUUUCAGCUGUUCUAUCUCUUACUUCUUCAGGUUUUCUCUUCUCUGUUGUUACUCUCUCUUACUUCUUUUCUUAUCUUCUCCUCUCCUCAAGCUUUUCUGUCUCUUGCCUUCUUCAGGUCUUCUCCUCAAUCUGA